UAUCAUGUCUGGACGCGGCAAACAAGGUGGCAAGGCUCGCGCCAAAGCCAAGACCCGCUCCUCCCGGGCAGGACUCCAGUUCCCAGUGGGCCGUGUGCACCGCCUGCUCCGCAAAGGAAACUACUCUGAGCGAGUCGGGGCCGGCGCCCCGGUGUACCUGGCGGCGGUGCUGGAGUAUCUGACCGCCGAGAUCCUGGAGCUGGCGGGCAACGCUGCUCGUGACAACAAGAAGACGCGCAUUAUUCCUCGCCACCUGCAGCUGGCCAUCCGUAAUGACGAGGAACUCAACAAGUUGCUGGGCAAAGUCACCAUCGCUCAGGGCGGUGUCCUGCCCAACAUCCAGGCGGUGCUGCUGCCCAAGAAGACUGAGAGUCACCACAAACCGAAGGGCAAGUAAGGUGCCGAUAGCACUGCCUCCCAAACCAACGGCUCUUUUCAGAGC